AGGGGAGAGGGAGAGGGGAGCGAGGGGCCGGCCAGGAGGAAAAGGCAGAUCCAAGCCUUGCGUCCCUGCUCGCUUUGUUUUCCCCAGCGGCUGGCUGCCCUGAGCCCAGGCGAGGACUGGCUCCGCUCUUGAUGCUGCCUCUCUUCUUCCUCCUCCUCCUGGCUUCAGGGCAUCCUCCUUAAAAGCCAGCAAGAGAGCCCAAAGAGCUGCCCGCCCAGCCCUCCAUGCCCUUGCGUUUCCUCAAGAGGAGAGGAGCCCUCCUUGCUGCUCUGACCAAGGCCAAGGAAGGAAGGAAGGAGGAAGCAGGAUGCUGCGCCAGCCGCCGCUUUGAAGGAUGGAGGGAGUCUUGUACAAGUGGACCAAUUAUAUCACAGGUUGGCAGCCUCGUUGGUUUGUUCUAGAUAAUGGGAUAUUGUCUUACUACGAUUCACAGGAUGAUGUUUGUAAAGGUAGCAAAGGAAGCAUAAAGAUGGCCGUGUGUGAAAUCAAAGUGCACCCAACAGAUAGCACAAGGAUGGAGUUAAUCAUCCCAGGAGAGCAGCACUUUUACAUGAAAGCUGUUAAUGCAGCUGAACGACAGAGGUGGCUAGUAGCGUUGGGGAGCUCAAAAGCCUGCUUGACAGACACCAAAACAAAAAAGGAAAAAGAAACAAACGAAACCAGUGAAUCUCUGAAAACCAAAAUGUCCGAACUUCGUCUCUACUGUGACCUUCUAAUGCAGCAGGUCCAUACAAUACAAGAAUAUGUUCACCACGAUAAGAAUAGUUCGUCACCUACUGUGGAGAAUAUGAAUGAAGCUUCUUCCUUGCUCAGUGCCACUUGUGACACAUUUAUCACGACACUUGAAGAAUGUGUGAAAAUAGCAAAUGCCAAGUUUAAGCCAGAGAUGUUUCAGCUGCCUCAUCCUGACCCCUUAGUUUCUCCUGUGUCACCUUCACCUGUACAGAUGAUGAAACGUUCUGUUAGCCACCCAGGUACUUGUUAUCCUGAAAGGAGUGGUCAUUUCACGAAAGAACCAAUUUCAUCUUCCCAUCGAUUGUCACAAAAAUGUAGAAGAGCCGUGUCUGAUGCAGGACCAUCUAUAGAUAUUCCCCUUGAAGAUACAGACAGACCAGCAUCCUGUUCCAGAGAUACUCUAAACGGAGACCUGGCACCUCCAGCAGUCCUUCCUGAAACCUCCUUACCAUUAUGCGAUUCUAAAAAAGAACCAGAGCUUGAAGAGACUCUUCCGCCUACUUUCUGAAGACACGAAGGGAACAACUUUCUCUAUGUACCGCUAUGCAAACACUGCUGGGAUUAUGUGGCUGUGGGGGAGUGGUUCUUGUGAGAAGGAUUUCUCUGCACUUUAUAGAGUCAUGUAAAAUGAAACAAAAAAAACCUUUGAAGUGUAUUUUAUCUUUAUAUAGUUUAUUCGCAAGAGUAUUUUCCUAAAACAAACAAAAAAAUCAGUUUGUGCGUUUUUACUAGAUAGGUAUGUACCUUUGUAAACGUCGCUCUUCUUUUUACAAAGUGGGAUAGUCUAAACCUUGAUAUAAAGGUUUCAGAUUUGGAUCAGGGGCAGCUUGUGCCAUAGUUAGGGCUGAUGAUAUGAUGACAUAGUAAUAGUUCUGUCAGUUAUAUUAUUUUUUAAAAUUUUUGGUACAAAUCCAUGUCUCACUGAACUCAGUGGCAAUGCUACUAUUUUCUUUUUUUAUGACACAUUGUAUUUUGGUGGUACUUUCCCAUGCAUUGAAAUUGAGACUGUAUUUCUAAAGUUAUGGCUUGUUGGUGAUUAUUGUUUCUCUCUUUUUAAAAGCAGCAGUGUACAAAAGUUCGCUAUCUGGAAUUUCAGUGCACCUUAAUUUUUUUUUCAUUUCCAUGGGACAAGUGUAGGCUAAGGGUACAGUUCAACCAAAAACAAGCACCUUUUACAUCAGUUGGAUUUAAUGAGAUCAUUUUUUUAUACAGUGAAGUAAGUGGAAAUUUGUUUAGCUGUAUGUAAAUCUUGCCCUUAAAUGCUUGAAUUCUCGAAUUUUUCUUUCAACUCCUGUAUUUUUCCAAAUUGCACUCAGAACCAAGUCAAUCAAAAAUAAUGGAUAAAAUGUGCAGUAUUUUUUAAAAAGAAAGAAUAUAAAUUAUGUGAUCACAAAGCAUUCUACAACACGUGUGUAAAGAUAUUUUUACAUUUUAAAAUGUAUUCUUUUUGCAUACUAGUCAUUUGUUGGGAUGUGGAGCAGAUAUGUGGAGACAGGCUUAGUUCUUGUUGGAGUAGGUUUUCAUAAACAAAUACACUCCUAUCAAUGUUUGUUUUGUUUAAGACUUCUGGGAAUCAUUCAACCAAAGCGAAGCAUUUCAUAAUCUAGUGGGUUUUACUGGAAGAUUAAAGUAUAGGUGUAUCUUCUCCUGUUCACACAAUGAGACUAAGGAGCACCUAUCUUUGGCUGGAUUCUGCUCUUUUAGUUAAACUAUGCUUGUUUUUUGUGUUGUCGAAAGCUUUCGUGACCGGAAUCACUGGUCUGCUGUGAAUUUUCCAGGCUGCACGGCAACGUUCCAGAAGCAUUAUCUCCUGAUGUUUUGCCCCCAUCUAUUACAAGCAUCCUCAGAGAUGGUGAGGUCUGUUGGAAACUAGGCAAGUGGGGUUUAUAUAUCUGUGGAAGGUCCAGGGAGGGAGAAGGAACUGUUGUCUGCAAGUGUGAAUGUUGCAAUUGGCCACCUUGAUUAACAUUGAAUGGCCUUGCAGCUUCAAAGCCUGGCUGCUUCCUGCCUGGGGGAAUCCUUUGUUGGGAGGUGUUAGCUGGCCCUGAUUGUUUCAUAUCUGGAAUUGCCUCCAACAGACAAGAGUUCUUUCUCCCACCUUGGACAUUCCAUAGAUAUAUUUUCAACAGACCUCACAACCUCUGAGGCUGCCUGUCAUAGAUGUGGGCGAAACGUCAGGAAAAAAUGCUUCUGAAACAUGGCCAUACAACCCAGAAAACUCACAGCAACCCUAUGCUUGUUUUUUUGUUUUUUUGCCAAUUUAUUAAUUUAACACUGGUUUCUAAGAUCUGCUCUUAAGCUGAGAUUGUAAUGUAUUCAUAUUUGCUGCUGCAUAUUUAUUUAUGACAUAUUUAUACCAAAGGAGGGCAGUGGUUUUUAUCGUUGUGAAUCCUGUAACUUGGAAAAUACCCUUCAUAUACAGCAACAUUCUUCUUGCAAAUCCAGUGUCAAAUCUGAAUGUGUCUCUAACAGAGCUGAGAACUGAGCUGUGACUAGAGAAUGAACCAUUUAAUCUUGCCACCUCUUCUUGUUCUUUAUGGGCCUCAUUCAGCAGAAAUCUUUUCCAUGCAGGCUCUAUUUAUUUUGUGGGGUUUCUUUAUUUUCUGAAGCUUUUUUGUUGCAAGAGCAAAGAUAACAUAGGCAGCUCAGCUAUGAGCAAGGUUUGCACAGAUGUUUUCAGACAGAUUGUGCCCAAAGUUCUUAGUGUUUCGAAAUGUAUUUUUGUUUGUUUGUUUGUUUUUGUAUAAACUUUGGGAUAUAUUUGGUAUAUGUCUUGACCAUGAAGCACUUUUUAAAAAAUAAAAUAAAAUAAACAACCUUUUCUUUUACAAAAGAGGUUACUUAAGUGUUUGGUAAAUAAAUCCAGUUUUUACACGGAA